GUGGAAGUGAGAAAGGAGGAACAUAAUUGGUCAUUUCCUAAAUGGGAAUUGUGAUUCUUGAUUGAGUCCUGCGGGUAGCUAGGUACCACUACAGAGAUUAACGAAUGCUGCAAAAACCAAAGUGAGGCUGUUUUCGGCAGCAGCGACGCUUCGCCGGGAUUAGCCCACUAGGCUGCUUAGUUCUCACGGUCGCCGGGGUGGCUUUGUACCCAAGGUGCUGCGACCAUCCUCGUGUCCCGGUGCGUGCAGGUGUUGGCUACGAGCUCCGCAGACUGCACCCUGUAAUCCAGGACCAGGUUUCCCCUAUGGAUCGCUUCAAUGGAUGCCUCCAAACCCGCUUUUGACAACAACCUGAGUCCCAGCAGAAGGUACGUGGCUUCUCCUCCAGAUGGGUUGGAAACUGAAGCGUUUUGCUGGCCGGAGAAUGACACUGUCGCCGGGACUGUCGGCGUUGAUGCUCCGGCUAGCGGCCCAGGAGGACCGGACCUCUCGGGCUACUGGACCGCUGUGUUCGACUAUGAUGCUGGGGCGGAAGACGAGCUCAGCCUGCGAAAGGGUGACCUGGUGGAGGUGCUGUCGAAGGACUCGUUAGUGUCCGGGGACGAGGGCUGGUGGACGGGGCUGAUCGAGGAUCGGGUUGGCAUUUUCCCCAGUAAUUAUGUCAGUAUUGGGAAUGGAAUCUCUGAGAAAAUACGUGACAGAGACAAGUCAGUGAAGGUGUACUCUGAUUACGCCGUGCCUUCACUACACCUUCUGGAGGUUGACUUCUCGGAGCUGACCCUGGAGGAGAUCAUCGGGGUGGGUGGUUUUGGGAAGGUGUACCGUGCCAUGUGGCGAGGGGCGGAGGUGGCGGUAAAGGCUGCGAGGCGGGACCCCGAUGAGGAGGAGGGACAGAUCCUAGAGAGCGUUCGUCAGGAGGCCAAGCUGUUUGCAAUGCUGCACCACCCCAAUAUCAUGGCCCUACUGGGGGUGUGUCUCCAGGAGCCGACACUGUGCCUGGUGAUGGAGUUUGCCCGGGGAGGACCGCUGAACCGAGCCCUGUCAGGGAAACGUAUCCCACCAUGCACCCUGGUAGACUGGGCCGUGCAGAUCGCCCGUGCCAUGCACUACCUCCACUGUGAGGCCAUCGUCCCCGUCAUACACAGAGACCUCAAGUCUAGCAACAUCCUGAUCCUGGAGAAGGUCGAGAUGGAGGAUCUGACCAACAAGACCCUGAAGAUCACCGACUUCGGCCUGGCGAGGGAGUGGCACCGUACCACCAAGAUGUCAGCCGCCGGCACCUACGCCUGGAUGGCGCCCGAGGUCAUCCGCUCCUCCACCUUCUCUAAAGGCAGCGACGUCUGGAGCUACGGGGUUCUUCUGUGGGAGCUGCUGACGGGAGAAGUCCCAUUCAGGGGCAUUGAUUGUCUCGCGGUGGCGUAUGGAGUAGCCAUGAAUAAGCUGGCGUUGCCCAUCCCUUCCACCUGUCCAGAGCCCUUCGCCCGUCUUAUGGAAGACUGCUGGAGUCCAGACCCCCACCUACGACCUCUCUUCACCAGUAUCCUGGACCAGCUGACAACUAUAGAGGAAUCGGGCUUCUUCGAGAUGCCAGUCGAGUCCUUCCACUCCCUGCAGGACGACUGGAAGAUGGAGAUUCAGGAGAUGUUCGACCAGCUCAGGGUCAAGGAGAAGGAGCUGAGGUCGUGGGAGGAGGAGCUGAGUCGUGCUGCGCUGCAGCAGAAGAGCCAAGAGGAGGAGCUGAGGAGGAGGGAGCAGGAGCUGGCGGAGAGGGAGAUCCACAUCCUGGAGAGAGAGCUGAACGUUAUCAUCCACCAGCUGUAUCAGGAGAAACCCCGCGUGGAGAGCAGGCAGGGCAAGUUCAGACGCUCACGGCUCAAACUGAAGGACGGGAACAGGAUCAGUCUGCCUUCAGAUUUUCAACACAAGAUCACAGUGCAGGCCUCUCCCUCUCAUGAUCGCUGCAGGAGUUUACUGGGUAGUCUCUCCAGCCCUCCCACCAGUCCCCAGGCCCCGUUACUACCACGCCUCAGAGCCAUACAGCUGACUCCUGGAGGUGAGGGGUGUAAAGGUUGGGGCCGGUUGGAUGAGGAGGAAGAGAAGAGAGGCUCCAGGAAGAAAGGCCGUAUCAGGGGCUCACACAGAGAACACAGUGAUGAUGAGAGCAUCAAGGUCCCUCAGGAGGGGAACAGACAGAGGUCCUGCAGCGCCCCAAAUCUCCGCAGGUCACCGAGACACAGCCCUGCCAUACCAGGGGUACCCAGCCUCACUGAGAUGGAGAAUGAAGACUGCUGUUACACCACUGACCCAGGGGCCAACGCAUCCCCCAGCCAAUCCUACCUCUGCAUCCCCUUCCACAAGGAGGGGCCUGUUGCCGAUGGUAACGCAGGAGGAGGCGGGGAGUACUACCCUAGUUACCGUAGCACCCAGGCCCCGGACACACCCCCCAGUAGGAAGAGUCCUGCCGGGCGGGGGAGGUCAGAGCUGGUGCUACUGGGGUGUGGGGCCUUGCUGGCUGCAGUAGGACUGGGCUUCAAUAUGAUGACUCUGGCCCAGCCUGGGAUUGGUUCUGGGUCUGGGACUGAGGGGGCUGGGGAAAGCAGCAAGCCACCUCGCUGGGAGGGCUUCUUCCACCGUACAGGGACAGGGGGCCAGAGACGGAGCACCAGUCCCCCCACACGCAAGCUCUUCAGGCGGGGAGGGGACAAGGAGAGCCCCCUGAAGCACUCGGUUGCCCCGGUGACGGAGCGGGUUGGAGGCGGACUGUUUCCGUCCUCUCUCACACUGCUGUCACUGUCGUCUGUGUCGGACUGUAAUUCUACGCGGUCUCUGUUACGAUCUGAUAGUGAGGAACUGUUGGUCUACCGCACUGCCUCUCCCCAGGGCCCUGUUCAGCCUUCUGUCCAGCCUGCUGUCCAGCCCCACACCUCUGUUCACCCCCAGCCCCAGCAUGCCUCACUCAACCCCUUGGUCAACACACACCUGGAGAGCUUCAAGCGCCACCCUCGGCAGUCCCUGACCCCAACCCAUCUUCCCUCCGCUCCUUCCUCCUCACGUUGUCUACACCGUACUCCCUCCGACGGAGCCAUCGAGACACGCUGCCCUCCUCCAAACUAUAUCCACCCUUUUCCUUUACCUGUCAGAGCAGCUCUGGAGCCUUCAGAUGGAGGUCUCAGGGGUCUAAGUGACAACGUAUCCCAGGUUCCCCGGUUGCCAGAUCCAAAUCUGGUGUUUCCCCCUACACCGCGCCGCCGCUGCCCUCCUGAACGACCCAAAACCCUGGACUUCCUGGUUAGACCACGUCCCUCGCCACGGGUGCGCUGCGACGUCUUCCUGGGCCAGUCACCUGGUCGGGGCAGAGGAGGGGGGCUGGGGAAUGGAGAGUCCCCAGCCCACACCACCAGCACAGACACUCCUCCCACGGUGGAGUUUGGCAGGGACAUGACAGUGCCUCCUACCCCCUUGGAGCCCCCAACACCAUCCCCAAGGAGGGGACACAGUCUGGAGGCCCCAACGCCCUCACCAAGGAGGGGACACCCACUGCUAACCCAUCACAUGGAGCCCAGAGACAUGGAGGUACUAGCCACCCCCAUGGAGCCCCCUUACGCCUGCUCAACCUCCCCGCGGCGGAGGGGGGACAGUCUGCUGGACCAACAGGACGAAGAACAGUGUCUGGACCCAACCCUCCCACUCUGCAAACCCGAGUCCCAGUUUCCCAAAUGUUCCCCGUACCGCUACCGGCCUGGGUUCUUUUCCUAACCUGGUCCAGUCUGGGUUCUGGUCCUCCUCUAGUCCAAUCUGGGUUCUGAUCCUAACUCGGUCCAUCUAGCGCUACCAGCUUGGGUGUUGGUCCUAACCUGGUCCCUCUUGCGCUAUUGGCCUGGGUUCUGGUCCUAACCUGGUCCAGUCUGUGUUCUGGCCCUAACCUGUUCCAGCCUGGGUUCUGGUCCUAACCCAGUCUCCGUACUGCUACCAGCCUAACUUUUGAUCCUCUCUUAAAAACACCAACAGAAUCCUUUCCUGGAGUCCUAGAAAUACACCCAGCCCACACUGUUGUAGAGGAGGGGGGAGGACUGGGCCA